AUGAUCGAUACGAUGUUGCAGCCGGGCGAAAGUGUUACCGAAGACACGACUCUGGACGACGACGUGGUGACAGAGAUCCUGCUGAGGCUGCCGUCCGCCUCCGUGCUCCGUUCCCGAGUCGUGUGCAAGGCGUGGCACCGCAUCACAACGGACCCCUCGUUCCUCGCCGCCCACGCCGACCGGCGGCCUGCCGAGCUGCUCGUCGGAUCAAGAGGAGAACCAUGUUUUCUAGACACCAUCCCGCUCUCUCUGCAACUCGACGAUUUGACGAGGCGCCGGAGCCAACUCCACUGCCCCAAGCACUGUGAGAUUGGCGCCCUGCUGGGUUGCUGCGACGGGCUCCUAUUGUUCCAGAAAUCCCGUGAAAGUUUGUUCAGGUCCGAUUCCCGGUGA